AUGGGUUCUCGGUUCUCCGUCCCUGAAGGUGAAACCUUGAGGAUUGUGAUGAUUGGUAAGACAGGAGUCGGGAAAAGUGCUUCUGGUAAUACCAUACUGGGCCGAAAUGCAUUUAAAUCUGAGGCGAGUGCAAAAUCUGUGACUAAGCAAUGCCACCGGGAACGUGCACAUUUCCGGAGAGAUAUUGAAGUUGUUGAUACCCCCGGGAUCCUGGAUACAGAUCAAGACCCUGAAUUCAUAAGGACAGAGUUAACCAAAUGCAUUCAUUUGACCUCUCCCGGCCCCCACGUCUUCCUGCUUGUCUUGCAGUUGGGAAGGUUUAUGGAAGAAGAAGAAAACUGCGUGCAAGCUCUGCAGAAACUAUUUGGUCCUGAGGUAUCCCGAUACAUGAUUGUUUUAUUCACACGAGGAGACGAGCUUGGUGGAGCAACAGUACAGGAGUAUGUGAGAAAUGGCCAUCCAAAACUUCAAGAGGUGAUCAGGAGAUGUGGCGGCCGUUAUCAUGUGUUCAACAAUAAGAAAAUGCGUAAUAGACGUCAAGUGGUGCAACUGGUUAAGAUGAUGGACAACAUGGUGGCAAGCAACGGGGGAAAACACUAUAGUGAUGAGGUGUUUAAAGAGCCAGAAACAGGGAAGCCUCUCAACUUUGAGACCCUAAGGGAACUAUUAGUGAGAAUCGUUGGGUUUCAGCACAUGCUCACUCAAACGUUGUCUCAGGCACCAAGCAAUCUCGGAUAUGGCAAGGUAGUCACAGAAACAGUGCCCCUUCAUACAGAAAACUUUCAGUUUAAUGUAGCUGUAGCAUCAGAGCACAAAAUGGGUUUGCGGUUCUCCGUCCCUGAAGGUGAACGUUUGAGGAUUGUGAUGAUUGGUAAGACAGGAGUCGGGAAAAGUGCUUCUGGUAAUACCAUACUGGGCAAAAAUGCAUUUUUAUCUUCAGCGAGUAGACAAUCUGUGACUGUGUACUGUCAGUGUGAACGUGCAAAAUACCGGAGAGAUAUUCGAGUUGUUGAUACUCCCGGGAUCCUGGAUACACAUGAAGACCGUGAAAAUAUAGAGAAAGAGAUAGCCAAAUGCAUGUAUGUGACCUCUCCCGGCCCCCACGUCUUCCUGCUUGUCCUCCAGGUGGGAAGGUUUACGGAAGAAGAAGAAAACUGCGUGGAAGCUCUGCAGAAACUAUUUGGUCCUGAGGUAUCCCAAUACAUGAUUGUUUUAUUCACACGAGGAGACAAGCUUGGUGGAGCAACAAUACAGGAAUAUGUGAGAAAUUGCCAUCCAAAACUUCAAGAGGUGAUCAGGAGAUGUGGCGGCCGUUAUCAUGUGUUCAACAAUAAGAAAAUGCAUAAAAGACGUCAAGUGGUGCAACUGAUUAAGAUGAUGGACAACAUGGUGGCAAGCAACGGGGGCAAACACUAUAAUUUUGAGAUGUUUGACGCUGCAGAAAAAGAGAUCAAAACCCAUUGCCUUGACAUAAAUGUUUCAGGAGGGAAGCUACCCAAUUUAGCAUUCAUGGGGGAACUGUUGGCGAGAAUCAUUGAGUUUCAACACAUACUUACUCAAAACAUUGUCCCAGGCACCAUCUCGAACAAGGCAAGGCAGUCACAAACCCCAGUGCUCCUUCACACAUAA